GGGGACUGCGGGGGGGUCCCCCGAGCAGCAUGUUUUCCACAGCGCGUUAUGUUUGGAGCGGGCCCUGCGCCGCCUGUCGCCAUGGAAACAAAACAGGGGCGGUGGCGGCGGCCGGAGGCAAGGCCGGGCUGGGGCUUGGGUGGGGGAGGGGAAGAGCGGCUCGCAGGCUGUUGCUUAGGUAACGGGAACUCAGGCGCCCCUCUGCUUCAUCUGGGUCACGGCCCAUCCGCUAGUACCCACAGUGUUCCACAGUCUGGUCCUUGGCUCCUCGCCUGUCCCCCUGGUCUUCUACGCCUGUCCCUGGUGUCCCUUUCCUCUUUCCUGGUUUCUUCACUCCGACCUCACCACUGCUUUAGAUUCUCCCUUCAGUUCCCGUCAGACGCUUCCAGACUCCCAAGCUUUCCUAGGAAUGAGGGAAAAUGGAGAAACAGGCACGUAUCAGGGGACCCUCACCCUAAUAAAGAGCACUUGCUCCGCCAGAACAUCUAACUUCAUGCCAUGUGGGCAUCCCUGGGCACUAUAGCAAGCUAGUUUCGGCCACUCCCUUGGCAUCCUUUCCUGCCAGCUGUGGAAUAAUGCCCACUGUCUAGCACUGCCCCUGCCAGGGGUGCUUGCCUCCCACAAUCGUGGCUUCCAGAAAACAGUAGCAUUCGGUAGUGCUGUGUGCGGAGACCCCCAACAAUGUAAUGACUGCGGAGAGGGAGGCACCUGGGGGAGGAUCAUUAGGGAGAGGUAGAAGGCAGGGAGGCCUACAGGAUUCUUUCCCAGUGCCCCUGGUUCCCAGAGCUGAUGAUGCCUCCAGGGUGAUUGGCAGCUCUUUGUUUCAGCCCCCCCUCACCCGCCUGCUGGCCCCCCCUCCAACUCUGUCCCUCCGCCCCCUGGCUCCUGCUCUCUCCGCCUAGCCUUUUCCCCUCCCAGCUGCCUGCCUGCCAGGGGUAGUGAGCCGGCUGAAAGGCAUGGAGACGCAGGAACUUCGGGGGGCCCUGGCUCUUCUCCUCCUUUGCUCUUUCGCAUCUGCCAGUCAGGACCUGCAGGUAAUUGACCUGCUGACUGUGGGCGAGUCUCGGCAGAUGGUAGCUGUGGCAGAGAAGAUCCGGACAGCCCUGCUCACUGCUGGGGACAUCUACCUCUUGUCCACCUUCCGCCUGCCCCCCAAGCAGGGUGGUGUCCUCUUUGGCCUCUAUUCUCGCCAAGACAACACGCGAUGGCUGGAGGCCUCUGUUGUAGGCAAGAUCAACAAAGUACUGGUGCGAUACCAGCGGGAGGAUGGCAAAGUCCACGCCGUGAACCUACAGCAAGCAGGCCUGGCCGAUGGUCGCACACACACAGUUCUCCUGCGACUCCGAGGUCCCUCCAGACCCAGCCCUGCUCUACAUCUCUAUGUGGACUGCAAACUGGGUGACCAACAUGCAGGCCUUCCAGCACUGGCCCCCAUUCCUCCAGCAGAGGUCGAUGGGCUGGAGAUUAGGACUGGACAGAAGGCAUAUUUGAGGAUGCAGGGCUUUGUGGAAUCUAUGAAAAUUAUUCUGGGUGGGUCCAUGGCCCGGGUAGGAGCCCUGAGUGAGUGUCCAUUCCAAGGGGACGAGUCCAUCCACAGUGCAGUGACCAAUGCACUGCACUCCAUUCUAGGGGAGCAGACCAAGGCGCUGGUCACCCAACUCACCCUCUUCAACCAGAUCCUGGUGGAGCUGCGGGAUGAUAUACGAGACCAGGUGAAGGAAAUGUCCCUGAUCCGAAACACCAUUAUGGAGUGUCAGGUGUGCGGCUUCCAUGAGCAGCGUUCCCACUGCAGCCCCAAUCCCUGCUUCCGAGGCGUGGACUGCAUGGAAGUGUACGAGUACCCAGGCUACCGCUGUGGGCCCUGCCCCCCCGGCCUGCAGGGCAACGGCACCCACUGCAGUGACAUAAAUGAGUGUGCUCACGCUGACCCCUGUUUCCCGGGCUCCAGCUGCAUCAACACCAUGCCCGGCUUCCACUGUGAGGCCUGUCCUCGAGGGUACAAGGGCACACAGGUGUCUGGUGUGGGCAUUGACUAUGCCCGGGCCAGCAAACAGGUCUGCAAUGACAUCGACGAAUGCAACGAUGGCAACAAUGGUGGCUGUGACCCAAACUCCAUCUGCACCAACACUGUGGGCUCUUUCAAGUGUGGUCCCUGCCGCCUGGGUUUCCUGGGCAACCAGAGCCAGGGCUGCCUCCCAGCCCGGACCUGCCACAGCCCAGCCCAUAGUCCCUGCCACAUCCAUGCUCACUGUCUCUUUGAACGCAAUGGUGCAGUGUCCUGCCAGUGUAACGUGGGCUGGGCUGGGAAUGGGAACGUAUGUGGGACUGACACAGACAUCGAUGGCUAUCCAGACCAAGCACUGCCCUGCAUGGACAACAACAAACACUGCAAACAGGACAACUGCCUUUUGACACCCAACUCUGGGCAGGAAGAUGCUGAUAAUGAUGGUGUGGGGGACCAGUGUGAUGACGAUGCUGAUGGGGAUGGGAUCAAGAAUGUUGAGGACAACUGCCGGCUGUUCCCCAACAAAGACCAACAGAACUCAGAUACAGAUUCAUUUGGUGAUGCCUGUGACAAUUGCCCCAACGUUCCCAACAAUGACCAGAAGGACACAGAUGGCAAUGGGGAAGGAGAUGCCUGUGACAACGACGUGGAUGGGGAUGGCAUCCCCAAUGGAUUGGACAAUUGCCCUAAAGUCCCCAACCCACUACAGACAGACAGGGAUGAGGACGGGGUGGGAGAUGCUUGCGACAGCUGUCCUGAAAUGAGCAAUCCUACCCAGACAGAUGCAGACAGCGACUUGGUGGGGGAUGUCUGUGAUACCAAUGAAGAUAGUGAUGGGGAUGGGCAUCAGGACACCAAGGACAACUGCCCACAGCUGCCAAAUAGCUCCCAGCUGGACUCAGACAACGAUGGACUUGGAGAUGAGUGUGAUGGGGAUGAUGACAAUGAUGGCAUCCCAGAUUACGUGCCUCCUGGUCCUGAUAACUGCCGCCUGGUACCCAAUCCCAAUCAGAAGGACUCAGAUGGCAAUGGCGUUGGUGAUGUGUGCGAGGAUGACUUUGACAAUGAUGCUGUGGUCGACCCCCUGGAUGUGUGUCCCGAAAGUGCAGAGGUAACGCUUACGGAUUUUCGGGCCUAUCAGACCGUCGUCCUGGAUCCUGAGGGUGAUGCUCAGAUUGACCCAAACUGGGUUGUGCUCAACCAGGGCAUGGAAAUCGUUCAGACCAUGAACAGUGACCCUGGCUUGGCAGUUGGAUACACGGCCUUCAAUGGUGUGGACUUUGAAGGCACCUUCCAUGUGAACACAGUGACUGACGAUGACUACGCAGGCUUUCUCUUCAGUUAUCAAGACAGUGGCCGCUUCUACGUAGUCAUGUGGAAGCAGACGGAGCAGACCUACUGGCAGGCUACACCCUUUCGGGCGGUUGCCCAGCCUGGGCUGCAGCUCAAGGCAGUGACAUCAGUGUCUGGCCCAGGUGAGCACCUCCGAAAUGCCCUGUGGCAUACUGGCCACACCCCCGAUCAGGUACGACUACUGUGGACGGACCCACGAAAUGUGGGCUGGCGGGACAAGACCUCCUAUCGCUGGCAGCUUCUGCACCGGCCUCAAGUUGGCUACAUUCGGGUGAAGCUCUAUGAGGGACCCCAGCUUGUGGCAGAUUCUGGGGUGAUCAUUGACACAUCCAUGCGAGGGGGGCGUCUUGGUGUAUUCUGCUUUUCUCAAGAAAACAUCAUUUGGUCCAAUCUCCAGUAUCGAUGCAAUGACACAGUGCCUGAGGACUUUGAGCCAUUCCGGAGGCAGCUGCUCCAGGGAAGGGUGUGAGGAGGAGGCCACCGGAUUCAGAAUUCAGAAUUUUAGACCCUUUGGCCUUGGGGUCCACCCUGGAGACCCUGAGGUCUAAGCUACAGCCCCUCAGCCAACCACAGACCCUUCUCUGGCACCCAAAAGGAGUUCAGUUCCAGAGGGGUGGUUGCCCCACUGUUCAGGGGAUGAGUUUUCAAGGGGUAUUACUCAGGCACUAACCCCAGGAAAGAUGACAGCACAUUGCCAUAAAGUUCUGGUUGUUUUCUAA